AUGACGAGUGGAUAUCUUGGAGGCAUACAAAUACCUGCGGAGAAGUCGGCUGGCUUUGAUUUCGACUCCAAGGAGGAUGCCGACGGUAUCAAAGCAGCCGGUCACUUCCAUGAGGCUCCACACAGCGGACGCAUGAAGGGGAACCGUAGGGUAUUGGAGGAGCUCCAACAGGAGGCCCGUGAACUUUUGUCGUUAUCGUACGGGCUGAGGGCGGAAUCCGAAGAUGCAGGUAAUAGCGGUCGCGACAGUUACCGCAGCGGUUCUGGCGCUUCACGGCCGCCUUCGCUGAUAAAUUCCCCAAGAUUACAUCUGAACUUGCCGACCAAGCAGGCCUUCGAGUCCAGGUGGGCACAGGACAGCCCACGAAAGGCGUGCAAAUUGCUUCCCACCCCGGAGCUAUCCAAGGCAUGCAAAACAGAGAAGCUGUUGGAUGUGCGACAGGAUUCCGGUCGCAUGGAGCGGAACAUCGGUGAUUUCACGACUAUGGAUGUGCUAGACCCUAUUCCGCAUAUGGAGAAUCGUGUGUCGUACCCACUCGACCUGUCGGUCAGGGACAUUUGCGGCAGUGCGCCGCUUGUUGCCAAUGCUACCCGCGAGGGAUAUCGCGAGAUGCUCACGGCGCUGCAGCAGAAGUAUACCGUUGUGCUGCGUAUGUUUGAGGAGAUCAACGAGCAGCGGAUGUCAUAUAUCGAGGGCCUCCAUGAGCUGCAGGGCCAUUUGGACAACGCUCGUUCGGUGAUGCAGCUCCAGAAGGCGGAGAUUGCGAAACUAAACGAUCGGGCACAACAUCACGAGGCCGCUGCACGUCAAGUUGCGAAGGACCUUGAUCGCUGUCAUGAGGCUCUUUCUGCCCGCAUGCGUCACGAGGCGCAGCUGGAGGACCAGCUCCGUGAGAAGGAUGAACACAUCGAGGGCUUGGUAUCGGAGUCUGAAGGUCUUAAGGCAUCAAUAAGUUCGCUUAAUGAGCGAGUCCGCUCGCUGUCCUUCAUGCCCAAGCUCUCCGAAAGUGCGGAGUUCGCUGGCCUGAGUUAUACCUACGGGGACGCGGUGAAGGAGCUGCAAGAGCUUAUCGACAGACUCUCCACUUGCGAGUUAGGGCAGGCGGAAUUCGACGGCAUGAUCGCAACGCUGCAGCAGAAAGCGGGUGCGCUGCGUUACCUGGAGACCCUGAUCAACUGCCCGCUGACAAGCAACCUGGCCGACUUCUAUCGCCAGCGCUUCGUCCUCGCCGACAGGUUCAAAAACGAAGUCAUAAAAAUUCACGAGGAUAAGGAAAUAGAGCUCAAGCGCAACUACGAGAAAACGCAGCAGCUGGUCGACACCUACGCUGCACGUAUUCACCAGGCCAAUGCCGACAGUUUGUCCGCCCGCACGCUGUUGCAUACAUACGUCCGGCGUACAACGAUGUGCGCGGCCCCUCCGGUCAGCACAAGCAAAGUGGCAGGACGUGUAGCCAAGCAACUCCGUUCACCCGUAGCCGUGAUGAUCGCCGAGCGCCCUCUAGUAGGAGCUGCACAUUUCCGCUCCACGUACUUACGCGUGACGGAUAACGAGCUGCAUUUCUGCCGCAUCAAGGCAGAGAAGUUCUCAGUGAAGACCACCGUGUCCCUGAAGGACAUUCGUAAGCUGGACUUUGGCUUCAACUCAUCGUCGUACAUCUUUCACCACAACCUCGUCAAGCCUGACGAGGUCUUCCCGUGGCACUUCUUCACGCUGGUCACUGCGAAGCGUGAGUACAACCUUCUCUGCACCAACGACAACAUGAUGGACGUCAUCUACAUCGGACUGAACCAUCGCAUUGCUGGGCGAUGCUUCAUGGUGAACGUGACAGACAUAUCUCGCAUGCGUUUGCUGCGCGCGAAGACCAAGCUUCACUGGCACUGCUUGAAGCACAACAUCACUCCCCGCCGCAUGUGGCUGAACGCUAUCAAGAAGACAAUAGAGAGUCAGAAGGUCUCAGAAAAAUAA